ACGAUCGUGCCUUCGAUUCACCUGGAGCAACUCUCAGUGCUGUUGCUUCCACUUUAAGCGCCACACUGCGCGUGAUCUUGGUGGGAAAUAUCCACUGAAUUUGCGAAUAAACUCGGGAAAAUCGUAUUAAAUAACAUACCCAAAAUACUCAGUAAUCCUUCUGGUGCAUCCUUGAUACGCGAUAGUGGGUGAAAAUGCCGAAAAAUGAGGCGAAAAAGACGGAAUACUCUCCAAUCCAGCAAGGAGAGCAACCUCAAGCCAGUUCCAGCAUGGGGGCUAUGUUCCGGAGUGAAGAGAUGGCCUUGUGCCAGAUGUUCAUCCAGCCAGAAGCGGCCUACACGUCCGUUUCCGAGCUGGGUGAGACAGGAGCCGUCCAAUUCCGCGACUUGAAUGCGGAAGUGAAUGCCUUCCAACGGAAAUUCGUCAAUGAGGUUCGUCGUUGCGAUGAGAUGGAGCGCAAGCUGCGCUACGUUGAAGCCGAGGUGAAAAAGGACGGAGUUUCGAUUCCGGAUCUACCGAUUGACGAUGCUCCAAGAGCACCAAAUCCACGUGAGAUUAUCGAUUUGGAGGCUCAUCUCGAGAAAACGGAGAAUGAAAUCCUCGAAUUGUCCCAGAAUGCGGUCAAUCUGAAGUCCAACUAUUUGGAACUGACUGAACUUCGUCAGGUUCUGGAGAAGACCCAGGGAUUCUUCUCUGAUCAGGAAUCCCUGAAUCUGGAUAGCAUGAAGAGCAACUUGAUCGGUGAGGAGACAGCAGCCCAGGCCACUCAGGCAGGGAGACUCGGAUUCAUCGCCGGUGUGAUCCAGAGAGAGAGGAUUCCCGGUUUUGAACGCAUGCUUUGGCGUAUCUCGCGCGGAAAUGUCUUCCUUCGUCAGGCUGAAUUGGAUCACCCUCUGGAAGAUCCAGCCACGGGCAAUCCACUCUACAAGACCGUGUUCGUGGCCUUCUUCCAGGGCGAGCAGCUCAAGAGUCGCAUCAAGAAGGUGUGCUCAGGAUAUCACGCUUCGCUCUAUCCAUGCCCAAGUGGCCAUGAGGAGCGCGAAGACAUGGUGAAGGGUGUGCGAACUCGUCUUGAGGACCUCAAUCUGGUGCUCAACCAAACCCAGGAUCACCGUCAGCGUGUGCUGUUGAGUGUGGCCAAGGAAUUGCCGACUUGGAGUGUGAUGGUUUGCAAGAUGAAGGCAAUCUAUCACACGCUCAAUCUUUUCAACAUGGAUGUGACGAAGAAGUGCUUGAUUGGCGAAUGCUGGGUGCCCGUUCUGGAUCUUCCGGUUGUCCAGAAGGCUCUGUCUGAUGGAUCUGCAGCUGUUGGCAGCACCAUUCCGUCUUUCCUGAAUGUGAUUGAGACGAAUGAGCAGCCGCCAACCUUCAAUCGAACCAACAAGUUCACUCGCGGUUUCCAGAACCUGAUCGACGCUUACGGAGUGGCUUCCUACCGAGAAGUGAAUCCAGCCUUGUACACCAUCAUCACGUUUCCUUUCCUCUUCGCCAUUAUGUUUGGCGAUUUGGGACACGGCAUAAUCAUGGCCAUGUUCGGCGCCUGGAUGGUGAUUUGGGAGGGAAAGCUGGCAAACAAGAAGGCCGGAGAAAUUUGGAAUAUCUUCUUCGGUGGUCGAUACAUUAUUCUCCUCAUGGGUCUCUUCUCCAUGUACACUGGACUGGUGUACAAUGACAUCUUCUCGAAGGCAAUGAACAUCUUCGGAUCCAGUUGGACAAUUAAUUACAACACGUCAACUGUUAUGCGCAAUCCUGAUCUGCAGUUGAAUCCAUUCAAUGAGGACUAUGCCCCCAAUACUUAUCCGAUCGGAUUGGACCCAACUUGGAUGUUGGCCACCAACAAGAUCAUCUUCCUGAACACCUACAAAAUGAAACUGUCCAUCAUCUUUGGCGUCAUUCACAUGAUUUUCGGUGUUUGCAUGAGUGUUGUGAACUACAAUCACUUCCGCAGACGUCACAGCAUCGUGCUUGAGUUCCUGCCACAAAUCGUCUUCCUGGUUCUCCUCUUCGGCUACAUGGUGUUCAUGAUGUUCUUCAAGUUUGUGGCUUAUGGCUACAAGGAGGCGCCUUUCGUGAAGAGAGCCGGCUGUGCGCCGUCAAUUCUCAUCAUGUUCAUCAACAUGAUGUUGUUCAAAGAGGGCGAGCCUCUGGAGAACUGCGAGGAGUUCAUGUUCGAGGGUCAGGGCACAAUACAGAUGGUUCUGGUGGUCAUCAGUCUUCUCUGUAUACCAAUCAUGCUGCUGGGCAAGCCCUUGUACAUCAUGUCACAGCGCAAGAAGAAGGGCCAUCCAGGUCACAAUGGGGACAUCAAUCAGGGCAUGGAAAUGUCUCCGGAGCCAGAAGAGCCCAAAGCGUCGGCUGCACCAGCCGGCGGCGGCGGCCACAGUCACGAUGAUGAGCCCAUGUCUGAGGUCUUCAUCUACCAAGCCAUCCACACCAUCGAGUACGUGCUCAGCACAAUCUCCCACACAGCUUCCUACCUCCGACUGUGGGCUCUGUCUCUGGCUCACGCACAGCUGUCCGAGGUGCUGUGGAACAUGGUGUUCCAGAUGGGCCUCAAGCAGAGUAGCUACGCUGGCGCAGUGAUGCUCUGGGCCAUCUUCGCCGCCUGGGCUGUGCUCACGCUCGCCAUUCUCGUGAUGAUGGAGGGCUUGUCUGCCUUCUUGCACACCCUCCGUCUGCACUGGGUGGAGUUCAUGAGCAAGUUCUAUGAGGGUCUCGGCUACCUAUUCCAGCCGUUCAGCUUCAGAGCCAUUCUCACGGCCGAAGAAGAAUAAAUGAUGCCCUGUGGCUGAAUCUUAGUCGCAACACAUGAUGUUGUAGCGUGGCACGAUUUAAUCGAUGAAUAAAUUUAUUCCAAUGUUGAGCAAUUAAAA